AUGGGGCCCCCCGGGCAAUAGGGGAUCAUGGGGCCCCUGUGUCCUUGUACAAAACUGAAAAAAGCCUAUGAAAAAGGACUGAACACUUUGGACCUUAGCUGGCCAUCACAUCCCAGAUUCAAUGAUAAUUUUGCACCCUCAGAACUCCAAACACACAAGCAGGGGCGGACUGACAACUCAUGGGGCCCCCAGGCAAUAGGGGAUCAUGGGGCCCCUGUGUCCUUGCCCAAACUCAAAAGAGCCUAUGAAAAAGGUACCAGGGGCAUCUCAUGGGGCCCCCUACUGACCCCGGGCCCUCGGGCAGUGCCCAAGUUUCCAAAUGGUCAGUCCGCCCCU